AACCUUUUUCCUUUUUCAGCAUUUUUCUGUUAAAUCGCAUUUUCAGAUCACACCGUCCUCCCUUUUUCCUUCCUCCCCGAUAUUCUCGUAUUUCUGUUAGAAAUAUCUCAGCUUAUGUAUAAAAAGUGAGACCUGCAUUCUGAAAAAGUGAAGAAAUAAAGAUGAAGAAAAUAAUAGUCGGAGUAUGUGUAAUGGAAAAGAAGGUGAAAUGCGGCCCCGAGGUUUUCUCAGCUCCGAUGGGACAAAUACUUGAGAGGCUUCAAGCGUUUGGUGAAUUUGAAAUCAUCUAUUUUGGAGACAGAGUUAUACUGGACGAACCGGUAGAGAGCUGGCCAUUGUGUGAUUGUUUGAUUGCUUUUCAUUCCUCUGGAUAUCCGCUUGAGAAAGCCGAAGCAUAUGCUGCACUAAGGAAACCUUUCCUUGUCAAUGAACUGGAACCACAACACCUUCUUCAUGAUCGGAGGAAAGUAUACGAGUGCCUCGAAAUGUAUGGAAUUCCAGUUCCAAGAUAUGCAUUUGUAAAUAGGGACAAACCAUAUCAAGACUUGGAGUAUUUUGUCGAGGAAGAAGAUUUUGUUGAAGUUCAUGGGCAGCGAUUUUGGAAGCCUUUCGUGGAGAAGCCUGUUCAUGGUGACGAUCACAGAAUAAUGAUAUAUUACCCCAGCUCAGCAGGGGGUGGCAUGAAAGAGUUAUUUCGAAAGGUUGGGAAUAGAUCAAGUGAGUUUCAUCCAGAUGUUAGAAGAGUGAGACGCGAGGGGUCUUAUAUAUACGAGGAAUUUAUGCCAACCGGAGGAACAGAUGUUAAGGUGUAUACAGUUGGUCCUGAAUAUGCACAUGCUGAGGCAAGGAAGUCUCCUGUUGUUGAUGGCGUAGUUAUGAGAAAUCCAGAUGGCAAAGAAGUCAGGUAUCCAGUGCUUCUUACUCCAAAUGAGAAGCAAAUGGCAAGAGAAGUUUGCAUUGCAUUUAGGCAAGGGGUGUGCGGGUUUGAUCUCUUGCGCUGUGAAGGCCGUUCAUAUGUUUGUGAUGUGAAUGGUUGGAGCUUUGUUAAAAACUCUUAUAAAUAUUAUGAUGAUGCUGCCUGUGUGUUGAGGAAGAUGUUUCUAGAUGCCAAAGCUCCUCAUCUGUCAACGACAAUUCCACCAGUUUUGCCUUGGAAGGUCAAAGAACCAGCUCAACCGGAGGGUCUAACACGUCAGGGAAGUGGGAUCAUUGGCUCAUAUGGACAGGCCGAGGAGUUGCACUGUGUGAUUGCCAUUAUUCGUCAUGGUGACAGAACUCCAAAGCAAAAAGUAAAGUUGAAGGUUACCGAGGAAAAGUUGUUGAAUAUAAUGCUAAAAUACAAUGGUGGAAGACCCAGAUCUGAGACAAAACUCAAAACUGCGGUCCAGUUGCAGGACUUGUUGGAUGCGACACGCAUAUUAGUACCUCGUUCGAGACCUGGUCCAGGAAGUGAUAGUGAAGCUGAAGACAUUGAACAUGCUGAAAAGCUUCGUCAAGUUAAAGCAGUUCUUGAAGAGGGUGGCCAUUUUUCUGGCAUUUACCGGAAGGUUCAACUUAAGCCACUUAAGUGGGUUAAAGUUGCAAAAGGUGAUACUGAAGAAGAGCGCCCCAUAGAAGCACUCAUGGUUCUUAAAUAUGGUGGUGUUCUUACACAUGCUGGUCGCAAACAGGCGGAAGAGCUGGGCAGAUAUUUUCGCAACAAUAUGUAUCCAGGUGAAGGUACUGGACUGCUUCGCCUCCACAGUACAUAUCGACAUGACCUUAAGAUUUACAGCUCUGAUGAAGGUCGUGUGCAGAUGUCAGCUGCUGCCUUCGCAAAGGGACUUCUAGACUUGGAAGGACAAUUAACACCAAUACUGGUUUCACUUGUUAGCAAGGACUCAUCAAUGUUAGAUGGACUUGAUAAUGCAAGUAUUGAGAUGGAAGAAGCUAAGGCUAGAUUGAACGACUUGAUAACAGCUGGAGUGAAGGCAGUGCAAGCCAACGGAUCAUCUAAAAGACCCUGGAUGGUUGACGGGGCUGGUCUUCCGCCGAAUGCUUCAGAGCUUCUACCGACACUGGUGAAGCUGACUAAAAAAGUUACUGAACAAGUGAGACUACUAGCAAAGGAUGAAGAUGAGAAGCUUACUGAGACAACUUCUUAUGACGUAAUUCCUCCAUAUGAUCAAGCAAGAGCACUAGGUAAGACAAAUAUUGAUGUUGACCGCAUUGCUGCUGGAUUACCUUGUGGAAGUGAGGGCUUUCUUCUAAUGUAUGCACGUUGGAGAAAGCUGGAGCGGGACUUGUAUAACGAACGCAAAGAUAGAUAUGAUAUAACACAAAUUCCGGAUGUUUAUGACUCGUGCAAAUAUGAUCUCUUGCACAAUGCACAUCUUAAUAUAGAUGGACUGGAUGAGCUCUUUAAAGUUGCUCAGAUACUUGCUGAUGGGGUCAUUCCGAAUGAGUAUGGCAUCAACCCAAAGCAGAAAUUGAAAAUAGGCUCCAAGAUUGCUCGACGCUUGUUGGGUAAAAUUUUGAUCGAUCUGAGGAAUACUCGUGAAGAAGCCAUCAAUGUCGCAGAAUUGAAGUCUUUGAGUCAAAGCUCAACCUCUAUUAAAAAUGUGAAAGAACACUCAGAUCAUCAACCACUAUCUCUGAUCAAGAACGAAGAAUCAAGAAGAACUAGCUUCACCAGUGAAAAGUCAAUGGAUCAGGAUGAAGACGAUGACAAGGAGAUAAAAUACCGUUUGGAUCCAAAGUAUGCUAAUGUGCGGACACCUGAGAGACAUGUCCGGACCCGCCUUUACUUCACAUCCGAAUCUCAUAUCCACUCCUUGAUGAAUGUUCUUCGAUACUGUAACUUGGAUGAAUCUCUUCAAGGGGAGGCCAGCCUCAUUUGUGAUAAUGCUUUGAAGCGCCUUUUGGAAACGAAGGAACUCGAUUACAUGAGCUAUAUUGUAUUAAGGAUGUUUGAGAAUACCGAGGUGAAUUUGGAAGACCCCAAAAGAUAUCGUCUUGAGAUGACGUUUAGCCGUGGUGCAGAUUUAUCCCCUUUGGAGAAAAAUGAUGUUGAAGCAGCAUCACUGCAUCAGGAGCACACGUUGCCAAUAAUGGGUCCUGAAAGGCUGCAAGACAUAGGGGCAUAUCUUACAUUGGAUAAGAUGGAGGAGAUGGUGCGGCCCUUUGCAAUGCCUGCAGAAGACUUCCCCCCACCAACUACUCCUCAGGGGUUCUCAGGUUACUUCAAAAGUGCAGGGGUGUUAGAGCGCCUUGUAAACCUUUGGCCAUUUCACAAGCAUGCAAACGGUAAUGUUAAAUAAACAAGUUGAUAUCUAGAAUUCUCUGAAAAGAAAAGAUAAGUCAAGUUUUGGGAAAGAUUAAAACAAUUACUGAGCUUUAUAGGAACAAAAGUUCUUGCCGCCUUUUAACCAGGUAGAUGUUACUCGGAUAUUCUUUUAUAUAGGAAGUUGAAAAGAUGAUGUUACAUGCCUACAGUGCAACUUUAUGGAUUUUUGCUGAACCAAAGUUACUCUGUAUAGUCUCUGUUUAAGAAAUAUCAAAUGAUUUGGAAGCACCCUUGCAUA